AUGAAUGUUGGCCAUACAAAUUGGGCAAGGCAACUCAAUGAUGCUCUUUGGGCAUAUAGAAUAGCCUAUAAAACUCCUAUUGGUAUAUCCCCCUACCAAUUGGUGUUUGGUAAGGCUUGUCACUUACCCAUUGAGUUAGAGCAUAAGGCUUUAUGGGCUUUGAGGAAGUUGAAUAUGGAUUGGGAGGACACUUCAAAAUCAAGGGUGAAUCAACUUUAUGAAUUGGAAGAGUUUCAACUCAAAGCAUAUAAAAGCUCUGUGUUGUACAAAGAGAUGAUAAAGAGGUGGGAUGAUGCCAAAUUCUUAAAGCGAGAGUUUCAUGUGCCUGAUGAUGUCCUCUUUAAUCCAAGAUUGAAACUCUUUGUGGGAAAGCAUAGAUCGAAGUGGUCGGUCCCAUUCAUGAUAUCAAAUGUUUAUCCUAGUAGAGCUAUUGAGUUGGAAGAUCACGAGACGAAGAAAUAUAUGGUGAAUGGGCAAGGAUUGAAUCACUACUAUAUGGGUGGACCUGGAGAGGCUAAGGUUAAGUCGCUUUGCUUCAAAGAUCCAAAAUGA